AUGGACAAUCGGCCUGCCUCCGAGUACGCACAGUCAGACCAGACUUCUGCUGCUGCCAGUACUCACUACUCCCACAAUCACACCCCGCAACCCGAGCCUCGCCCAGCUCAGUACACGCCUCAGCCUGACGUGCGACCCCCAAUCUCUUCAUCCAACACACCUCAACCUGAAUACGGAUUGAACCCUCCACCGACCCGCUCGCCCGCCUACCAAGACUAUCUGCCUCGCCCUCAGUCAUACACCCCGAACUCUCAACCCGCCGGUGUCCCUAGUAUGGCCCAAGCCUCAAGUUCGUUCCUACCUCUGCCUACAACGCGCAGCCCGAACCUGAAGUCUGACGCGGCCGUACCUAUAGAUCCUUCGCUUCCUGCCAAUAGCCCCACCUAUCCUCCUCCUUACUCUCCUUUCCAGCCCCAGGGACACGAUAUGCAGUACCAGGGUCACCCACCUCCGCCACACCAGAUGUAUGCGCGCCCGGAAUGGCCGCACGGCUACGGUGGUCACUCACAUGGCCUGCCCGGCCCAUACGCUUCUCCUGCUACAACGGUUGGUUCCGCCUCCCCUGUCUCUGCGACCGCAAGAUCACGUCCUGGCCAGGUCUACUCUUUCGUUCCCAUUCCCGGUGCUCAACAGCAUAAGCGUCCGCGUCGUCGGUACGAGGAAAUCGAGCGCAUGUACAAGUGUGGCUACCAGGGUUGUGAAAAAGCAUAUGGUACUCUGAAUCACUUGAACGCACACGUGACGAUGCAAUCGCACGGCUCAAAGCGUACGCCAGAAGAAUUCAAGGAAAUCCGCAAGGAAUGGAAGGCCCGCAAGAAGGAGGAGGAUACACAGCGCAAGGCUGCCGAGGAACGUGAGCGUGCUGCUGCCCAGGCCGCGCAGGCCAGCCAUGUUGACGCUCCCGGUGGUCCUUCCGACCCCCAGGCUGCACCACCUUCAGCCUACGGUGGCGCCGUUCGUCCUCAGCUGCCUCCUAUCGGCUACCAACCCGCAGACAGCCAGGUCCCUGGCCAGUAUGGCCCUAGUGGCGGCCUGGUCUACCAGAGCAAUGGACAGAUGGGCUACCCUCCCAACUACCCACACUCCCCCUACCCCAACGGUCACUACCAGCCACGUGAGUAA